GUUUGUUUCAGAUACGAGAUGAGGUCGUUUUUGUUGUUAGCGGCGUUGUGCUGCUUAGUGUUGUCGACAUACGGGAGCCCAAUUUCGAGGCCCGAUGAGAACCAGAAGGAAAUCGGCAGGCAGUCCGCCCCUGCGGCCGCAGCUCCUCCAGCCACUUCCUCUGACGAUGAUGACGACGAUGAUGACGAUGACGAUGACGAUGUUGAUCUAGGUCCAUUAUCAGGAGAUGACGACGACGAUGAUGACGAUGACGACGAUGACGAUGACGAUGACGAUGAUGAUGAAGCAGGUGAUGAUGAAGAAGAUGACUAUUUGGAAAGAUUCUUCGACGAUAUCUUAGGAGGCGGAGAUGACGACGACGACGAUGAUGAACCAACAGGAGUACAGUCUGUGGUAGCGUCGGCUGACACCGUUGCCGCUGCGCCUGCCCCCGCCGCACCAGCUGAAGAGGUUGCCGCCGCUUCUGAGGAAGUCGAAGCUUCCGAAGCUGCUGAAGGCGCCACGGAAGGCGAAGAGCCUGAAGCUGGACAAAAAGAGCCCGCUAGCGCGGAAGUAGAGACCCCUGCUGCUGCCAGCUCUGAAGCGGCUGCCGCUGCUGACAAUGACGAUGACGAGGAGGAAGACGAUGAUAUCACUGACGCUCUUGACCCCGAGGACGAUGAUGAUGACGAUGAAGAGGAGGACGAUGACGAUGAUGACGACGACGAUGAUAUUUCUGACGCACUUGGCAGGAAUAAACAAGCACGUGCAUUAGGUGAUGAACCAGCAAAGAAACCGGCGACAGUUCCUGCAAUCCAUAUAGUUAAAUACAAUAAAUUUGUCGAUAACAUUCUCGAAAAAAUGAACGAAAUUCUACGACACUCUUACGAUCCCGUUAAUGUAAAACUUCAGCCGAUAGACGCAAAUAAGAAGACUACUAAGCCAAAGAAAAAUAAAACAAAAACUAAUAAGAGGAAAACUUCAAACAAAAAGAAGAAUUCAGCACGCGGUGGAACGUCCGAUAAGAAAACAGAGAAUGCUACGAUAACUGAAAAAUUAGAAGAAACAAAUAAAAUUGAAGAAAACAACGUAGUCAAAGAUGAGAUUGUAAUGAAGGAUGUCACAAACGAGUCUAGAGCUAUCAAAGAGAAAGCGACCAGCACUAAAGCUAAAAGCACUACAGUGAAACCGAAACCUGCUAAGACACCUAAACCAAAACCUAAACCAUCAACUACGUCUACUACUAAAAAACCACCAACGAACAAAAAUAAAACAAAAUCAAGCGAGAAAAGUAAACCCAGAGCUAAAGGAACAUUGUACGGUCUUUCAUCCCUGAGGAGAAGCGGCGAUGUUGCAGUUAGCAUAAUGUCUGAUCACACAACUGUUAAAAGCAAUUUUGUUGUUGGACCUUUAAUAUUGCGAGUAGAAAAAGAGGUUGGGCGCGGAGCUAAAAAGGAACUUAAAUCAGCUACAGCGACGACAGCUGAAAUGAUGGGAAAGCUUUCACUACGAGUUAAUAAUCAAGGAGUAGCGUCUUUACAUUCGAUUAAAGUUUUGCAGCCAAAGCAGGUUCGUGUGGAUAGCAAUCACGAAAGAACGCGUGAAUUGGUUUGGCAGCGCAGUGCAAGAAUCGCUCACGUAGUGUCCGCAAAACUGAGAUCUGCAUCCAGACCUAUGUUUACUAAUUCAAAGUAUUAACAAGUAUUUGAUACUUACAAAAGUAUAACAUUUAUCUCAAGAAACAAAACGAUUGAUAAAGUACAGGAAAAGUAUUUUUGAUUGAUGAAAA